CAAAAUGUACCGCGCCAAAAUCCAAGUCUUGUUUGUUACAUUCCCCCACAAUAGUCCGAGUCCUCUCUCUCACAUGCUUUCCUUGUUGCCAGACUCAAUCGGAGGCAGAGUAGGAGUGUGUAGGUCAAUCAAAAUGGAGGUUGGUGGAUUGGACUCCGACGGCCGUGAAUUCAAGACCGCCGACGAGAUGUGGAAAGAAGAGGUCGGAGAUCAUCAGAAGAAGACCGAAUGGUACUCUAAAGGUGUUAACUAUUGGGAAGGUGUGGAGGCGACAAUGGAUGGGGUGUUGGGUGGGUAUGCGCAGGUGAAUGAGCCUGAUAUUAAGGCCAGUGAAGCUUUUCUCAAUACCCUUUUGGCUGAACGAUUCCCCGAUGCCGGUAUUACUCGGCAUCUCGUGGCUCUUGAUUGUGGUUCUGGCAUUGGGAGGGUCACCAAGAAUCUUCUCAUAAGAUAUUUUAAUGAGGUUGACCUUCUUGAGCCCGUAUCACAUUUUUUGGAGGCUGCUCGGGAAAAUUUGGCUCCUGAAAAUUUAGUGGUCUCUGACUCGCACAAGGCUGCUAAUUUUUACUGCAUCCCACUUCAGGAGUUCACUCCAGAUGCAGAAAGAUAUGAUGUUAUAUGGGUUCAGUGGUGUAUUGGGCAUCUUGUGGACGAUGACUUUGUGUCAUUCUUCAAGAGAGCAAAGGGUGGCCUCAAGCCUGGUGGAUUUUUUGUCUUGAAGGAAAACAUCGCAAGAACUGGUACAGGAUUUGUGUUGGACAAAGAUGAUAAAAGCAUUACCAGGUCUGAUUUAUACUACAAGGAACUCUUCCGUCAGUGUGGACUGCAUAUUUACAAAAUGAAGGAUCAGAAGGGAUUUCCUGGUGAACUAUUUCCUGUGAAAAUGUAUGCGUUAACAACUGAGAUGCCAAAGAAGGUUAAUGGAUCCAGACGUAAGCUGCAAACCAAUAGACCUGGCAUCAUCAAGUGAGGAAAUAGCAUCUUUGGCUCCCGAUAGUUUCAAACAGAGGAUUAUUUUUCCAAGUUAGAAAGAGUGGAAUGUAAUGUCUAACAUGGAAGCCAGGGACAACAUUCUGCUUCUUUGUUUACGGUUUGAUGUUUAUUAGAUCCCAUUUUGACUUUUUUUUUUUGUGACUGUUUGAUUUUUAAUGGUUUGAUUUUUAUUAGAUCCCAUUUUGACCUUUUUGCCCUCCUUUCUGCAUACUCUGUUUGUACAAUAUUUAGCUUGUCUGACAUUAAUACU